UGAAAAAAAAAAGGUUAUUCGAGAAGCGAAGCCACCAUAUUUGUGCAUUAAAUUAAGCCAGCCCCUCACACAACAUCACUUACAUCAUCAACUUUUUCCCUCUUAAAAGCCAUCCUCUCUCUUUCUCCCGCAUCGAAAAAACGUUAACACACUUGACAAAAGAAUCAUGGGCACUCUAGUGGGACAUGUAGCACCAGGUUUUGGGUUCUUGUUGAUUGGUUUGUGGCACCUCUUCAACCACAUCAAGCUCCACCUUCUUAACCCAAAGGGCUACAAGGGACCAUCAUGGUUCCCAGGUGCCAAAUUCAGGUACCUAGAGCUUGUGCUCAUCAUGGCUGGGUGCACAGCCUCCGUAGCCAUGGAACUUUUCAUAGGCCCAGAGCGGCACCAACCACUGGACCCAGACUGGACCAUUCCCUCCAACCAUCUCCACAACUUCGAACACUCCUCCAUCUCCAUCACCUUCUUCCUCUACGCGGCGUGCGCCAUCGUCCUGGACCGGGCCCACGUGCAGGCCCAUUACGAACUCACCCAGUUGCUCGGGGCCGUAGCCUUCGGCCAACAGCUUCUUCUCUUCCACCUCCAUUCGGCGGACCACAUGGGCCCAGAAGGGCAGUACCACCUUCUGUUACAAAUCUUGGUCUUGCUCUCGCUCUCCACCACCCUCAUUUCAAUUGGGCUUCCCAAGAGUUUCUUGGUGAACUUUGUGCGCUCCAUCAGCAUCUUCUUCCAGGGCCUGUGGCUUAUUGUGAUGGGCUUCAUGCUGUGGACACCUUCGCUCAUAGCCAAAGGUUGUUACAUGAACGACGAGGAUGGUCACAUGGUGGUUAGGUGCUCUUCUCACGAGGCACUUCACCGUGCUAACUCGCUUGUCAAUAUCCAAUUCAGUUGGUUCAUUAUUGCGGUUACCGUUUUUGCUGUUUCAUUGUACUUGCUUUUGCUCAAACUUUAUGGCGAGAACGUGGAGUAUUUUUCGCUGGGGAACGAGGAUGAAGAGUCAUUCGACGACGUUGAGUCGCAAAACAGCGACAAAAGCAAAAGCUUUAUUCACGUGGGCAAAAUAUUUUCUCACAAUGAUUUGGAAAGGUAGAGACUAGAGAUUAGAGAGAGAUGAAACAAUAUUUUGGUUUGUCUGUGAAUCUGUGAUUAGUGGAAACUGGUAAGUGUAAGUGUAUGUGUGGGGUGUACAGGUCUCUUUUAGUUAGGAUUUGAAUUAAUUAAUCAGCAACAUGUUACAUGUUACAUGUGGUUGUGUAUAGGAAUGUUGUGAAUGCGGCUAGUUUUUAUAGGGAUUUAUUUCAUUUGAUUGUGUUUGCUAGUUGGGGCAAGAGUGUUUGCUUUUGUUCUCAUUUGGUGACAUUUACAAUGUGUUUUGCAA